AUUCUGAUUCGCCUCCCGGACCCUAGAUCCGCCUGCCGCUGCAAAAUCGUUUGCCAGCUGUGGAGGUCCGUCAUCUCCAAUGCCUCCUUCAACCGCCGUUUCCUUUCUCACCGCGAGAUCAUGACUCGGGACGAUCUCAAAUCCAUCGUCCUCAGCUUCCUCGCUCCCUUCCCUAAUGGGGUUAAAGACCGAGACGCGCUCAGAGUUCUGCACUGCGACAAGGACCUGGUUUUGUGCGGGUUUGAGGAUAAAGCUCGCGACGAUGGGAAAUAUAGCAGAUCGUACCUCGUCUGCAAUCCGUUCACGAAGCAGUGGCAUGGUCUUCCUUUGGCGCCCAGGAAGUUGGUUGGGUAUUUAUCUCCGGUCACAAGAAAGAAUAUCAUCAACUACGAAUCGCCUGCCACUCCAGGUUCAUUGGUCUGAACAUCCUGGAACUGCAUAAGCUUGAAAGAACGUUGGAAUCUGUUAUGACCAUUUCCUUUGUCGUUAAUCAGUCAUUGCAAAUGUUUUUGGUGGAUUAGUCGGGUCAUUUUUGUUAAUCUUAGCUUUGUACUUGCUUCUUUACUUCUUCCAUGCUUAGGUCCAAGGACUGCAGAUGAGUCAAAGCACUUGAAUCUGUAAAAUUUUGUACCAAUUUGUGUCAAACUUCCUUUUUUGUUGGCAUUGAAUACAUUGCUUCCGUACUAUAUUUCUAUGUCACGGGUUUUCAUGGAAUUGUCUAAGUGUGCCCUGCAGCAAACCUCCUAGGCCUGUUUUGAUUCAUCUGCAGUCCUGCUACUCUUAACUCGGUUCCACACAAACAAUUCUCCCUUGCUGCCCUCUACUGUUUCUUUUGUGUAUGUUUACGUAUUAGUGGUGCUGCAAUUCUGAUGCUCCUGGCUGCUAUUUGGCCCUUAUGUAGUUAUUCCAUUUUGUUGGUGACCUUAGUCAGAACCCUUCUCUUCCUAGCUUAGCUUCCUUUGUUUUUCUGCUGCCGCAGCUGCACUUUUUUCUCCUCAUGCUGUAAUUCUGCUUCUGUAUUUUUUUAAUGCUGCCGCUUCUGUAUUAUCAUGAUUUCAGGUUGCUCCAGGACCACAAAAAGGCCUUACAUCUUUCACUCAUCCGUCAAAUUCCCUCCGUGAAUCUCAAGAGGUAAGAUUUGAGUUGGGUUUUCUGUUUAAUGACGAGGGUUAUGUUCAGUUUCUUCUUCUACCAUUGAAAUCUGAAAGCUGGCUGCUUGAUUUUAGCCCCUAUUUUGCUUAGUCUCAGUUGGUUAUGCUGUGUCUCUUCUUCCAUUGAAAUCUCGACGACUGAAUCGUAGGUACCUCCUUCUGCUUCUGUCUUUGCCUUCCCUACCCCUCUGUUUCUUUUGUGUCAAACAAGGAAUAGCAGAACCCCAAUGAUGGAGAGAUGUUGCAAGUACCAUUACUACAAUUGCGAACUUAGCGCCUCUGGAGUUGCCCCUCCCACUCAUCUGACACCCUGACGCUGAAAUAUCACACUACAGCAGGAGUCAAUGAUCUCAACUCCUAAAACUGUAAGGAUUGCGUUGAGAUAGGCGUUUUUGGUGAUGAAACGUACUUGGCAGCUGCUAAGAAACCAAGUCAGAUCAUCAUUUCCAAUUCAUUGAUGUUGAGGCUGCUUUAAAAACCAGAUAAGUGAAAUGAUUUUUUCUAGGCAGCCAUAAACACAAGCACAAGAGAAGUAUGGGAGAGCUGGAAUCUUACUCAGAAGCUACCAUAUAGAAAGAUCUUAAAUAGCUUCUUUGGUGAUUAAGUAAUCUGCCCUUCUGAUUUAAUUGAUUUCCCAAUUUGGGAGGACAUGUGUUUUGUAUGUUAUGACUGAAACUCCGCCACCGGUAGCGACGAGGAAGGCAAUAUCUGAAAAUGGGUGUACGGGAGAAUAGCUUGGAU